CUUGCGCAACUUCCCUCUUUACUUUCCAAACACUUGUCACGCAACUUCCUUCUCUCUCGCUGGCUUUGUCCGCACCCUUUAUAAAGCGCCAGCACAAAUCCAUCCUCACUUCACACUACUCUCAAAACCAUUCACAGCUAUCUUACUUGCUUUGCUUGCUGGCUGGCUUGUUUCUCUCUCUACAAUUCUAUUUUUUUUUCUCUCUCUCUCUCUAAAACCUUUAGGAAGAAUCAAAGAUCUAAUGGCUCUUGAAGCUCUUAGCUCUCCCACUACACCCACUCCUUCCAUCUCUUAUGAUAAAAUGAAUCAAAGCUAUUUUGAGUCAUGGAAAAAGGGGAAGCGCUCUAAACGACCGCGUAUUGAACAAUCACCCACCGAAGAGGAGUACCUUGCUCUCUGCCUCAUCAUGCUCGCUCGCAGCGGCGGCCGGGUUGACUCAUCCGCCCGCCACCACUCGUCAGCUCCUCUGCCUCCACCGCCACCGUCUGAGGCGAAGCUCGUCUACAAGUGUUCCGUCUGCAACAAGGCCUUCGGCUCCUACCAAGCCCUAGGCGGUCACAAGGCCAGUCACAGGAAACUCCUCGCCGGAGUCGACGAGCAAUCCGCCACCACCUCGACCACCACCAGUACUGCCGGCGCGAGCGGCGGCGGCAGGGUUCAUGAGUGCUCCAUCUGCCACAAGUGCUUUCCCACCGGACAGGCGUUGGGCGGACACAAGAGGUGUCACUACGAAGGCGGUGCUGGAAGCAGCAACGGCGGCGUCACCUCGUCGGAAGGAGUGGGGUCCACCAACAGCCACCGCGAUUUCGACCUGAAUCUGCCAGCCUUGCCGGAAUUCUGGCCUGGUUUCGGCCGCGAAGAUGAGGUGGAGAGUCCUCAUCCGGCGAAGAAGCUCCGUCUUGUGUUGACGCAGAAAUCUCAAAAUCUAUUGAAAUCAAAUAUAGUCUAGAAAAUCAGGAUUUUUAAUUUAGGAGUUUUUGGAAGUUAAUUGUUAUCUUUAAUUUUAUUUUUUUAUUUUAUUUUAUUUUACUUAGGUGAUUGAUUUUUUUUUUUUUUUUUUUUUAUGUACAUAGGGUCUGAAGACUCUGUACUCUCAUUCCUGUUUGAUGAUAACUAGUGAUUUAUUUCAUUUAUUAAUUUGAAGACAAUAUAUUUUAAUUAAUUAAAAAGGUCGUUGCCAUCAA